UGUAUAAACUCCUCCCAUUCACCCUUGCCUGAGUUGCACAACAACAUAUGAUUACAGUUAGUUGUCAUCUGACCCUGUGUGACUGCAGAGACUGAUGCGGAUGAUGGAUUUAACAGAUAAAGUGUCUGUAGUCACCGGAGGAGCUCAGGGUUUGGGCAGAAGCUAUGUUGAAAUACUGCUUAAAAACGGCGCAAAGGUUGCUAUCCUUGAUGUGAAUGAAUCACUGGGAAAUGAGUUGAAGGUCACACUUAAUAAGCAGUAUGGACCAGACAGGACUGAAUUUUACACUACUGAUGUCACAUCAGAAGAACAAUUUAAAGGAGUUCUUCAGAAAAUCGUGGACAAAUUUGGCCGCAUAGACAUUCUUUGCAAUAAUGCGGGGAUCAUCAACGAAAAUAACUGGGAGAAAUGUAUUGCCGUAAACUUGGGUGGAGUAGUCAAAGGAACAUACCUGGCUCUAGAACAUAUGAAGAAGGAUAAAGGUGGAAAUGGAGGAGUCAUUGUCAAUGUUGCAUCAAUGGCAGGUCUGGGUCCUCUGCCAUCAGCGCCCAUCUACACAGCUUCUAAACAUGGUGUGGUGGGAUUCACUCGUGCAAUGUCUAUAGUUUCCACAUAUUCCAACUAUGGGGUGCGGAUCAACGCUCUGUGUCCAGGUUUUGUGAAUACAAGCCUCCUGACAUUGUUUAGUUCAGAAGAGCAUGUCGGAAGGUUUAUACAUUUGAAGAAUGUGUCAGAGAAGUUGCUAGAGCAGCACGGCGUUACAGAGACGGAUUAUGUGGCCAAAGCCUUCCUUGCACUUGUGAAAGAUGAGACCAAGAAUGGAGAAGUGAUGAUGGUUAACGUUGAUGGUGCGGCUUACAUUUCCCUCCCUCAACAAGUCAAGGAUAUUCCGUGUACUGAAGUUGACUUACAGUAGCCGGUCAGCUUCUUUCUUUGCCCGUGCCAAUGCCUAAUGCCACUACUUAAAUGAAUAUGUUUUUUUACUGAAGCUAGUAUAUGAAAAGCUCAGAUGCAAAAGCCGCUAUACGCACCAACUCCGAUAUUCAUGAUAUUGACCGAACUUGGGUCCCUUGGGAGUACUUGGACCUGAAUACAAUCUGAAUGUGGCAGCCCCAUGCAUCACAACUCUCCUUGAUAUGUGACUUAGAGAGUUUUGCAUCUGAGCUCUUCAUAUGUAAGCUUGGCUUAGUAAUGAAAUGUAAAGAAACUUUGUACUAGUCACCUCUUGUAUUAUUUUAUAAUAAUUGUGCGGCAUUUUAUAUAAAUGGGUUUGCUAUAGGAACAAAUGUAAAUGUAAACCCUGAAGGUUUAGGCAAACACAAAUUAAAAUGGUUUUGAGAUGAAAAA